AUGGUGUCAAAUGUGACAGCUUUAAUGAGAACUACGUUGAUCGCGCAUUUGAAUGUAACACUCGGGUUGAACUCGACCUACGUCGUCCCAACGUACAUAAGUCCAGAGGAGUUCCUGGCAUUGCAAAUGACAAAUGGCUCCGAUGGUAAUUUUACGUGGAACGAUACAGAUCAGGUAGUGCUGAAAACCUGGUAUCCGAGUGGUUAUUCGCCGGCGCAUAUAAUAAUUGCUUCGGUUGUGGUCACUGUACUGAUGAUAAUGGUGGUGGUUGGGAACAUGCUGGUGAUUAUAGCGAUAGUGACGGAGAAGGCGCUGAAGAAUAUACAGAACUGGUUUAUUGCGUCGCUGGCGGUUUCGGACUUCUUUCUCGGUUUGGUGAUAAUGCCGUUCUCGCUCGCAAACGAGCUGAUGGGGUACUGGAUCUUCGGGUUCUGGUGGUGCGAGAUACACUCCGCGAUGGACGUGUUGCUGUGUACCGCGUCUAUUAUGAACUUGUGCCUCAUAUCGCUGGACCGCUACUGGAGCAUCACUCAGGCGGUAGAUUACCUCAAAAAACGGACACCUGCGCGUGCGGCGCUUAUGAUCGCGGCAGUGUGGCUCAUGAGUGCAUUAGUGUGUAUACCACCGUUACUGGGGUGGCGGGUCACGAGGCCUCCGGAGCAGUUCCCGCAAUGCAAGGUUCAGCGGUACAAUGAAGAUGAAAAUUAG